GUCCGCUUCUAUAUAUAAAAGUAAUGGAGGACUUAAUUUCAAUCCGCUUAUCACCAGCAGAAACAGUUUCUGCUGACCACACCGACUCCGGCUCUUGACACGCUGAUUGCACUCUCUGUAGCAGCGGAACUCACUGCAAACAUGCACCGGUAUAGUUUUUUGAUAGUUGCUGCCCUAGCGGCUCUAUCGUCAGCGCAAUACCAGAAGGCAAAGGACGCAGCCAUCCUGAGCGAUGCGCGCUACCUGACCGGAGACGGCCAGUUCGGCGCCGCCUACUCGCAGGAGGACGGAGUUGAGUUCAAGGAGGAGUCGGACGGUGAGGGAAACCGUCGCGGGUCCUACAGCUACGUCGACCCCAGCGGCCAGCGUCGCACCGUCACCUACACUGCCGGAAAGAAUGGAUUCCAGGCAACCGGCGACCAUCUCCCCCAGGCCCCCCCUGCGCCUCCCCAGCCCGCCCCCCGUCCAUCAUACACCCCUCUGCCCCAGUACAACCCUCCUGAGGAGUCCUGGAACACCCCUGCACCCGCCUGGAACCAGCCCACUCCUGCUCCCCAGCAGUGGAACCCUCCCCAGCAGCAGUCAUGGAACACUCCCGCUCCUGCUCCCCAAUGGAACCCCCCUGCACCCCAGCAGCAGCAGUGGAACCCUCCCCCCCAGCAGCCCCAGUACAACCCUCCUGAGGAGUCCUGGAACACCCCUGCACCCGCCUGGAACCAGCCCACUCCUGCUCCCCAGCAGUGGAACCCUCCCCAGCAGCAGUCAUGGAACACUCCCGCUCCUGCUCCCCAAUGGAACCCCCCUGCACCCCAGCAGCAGCAGUGGAACCCUCCCCCCCAGCAGCCCCAGUACAACCCCCCCGCACAACAGUGGACCACCACCCCCGCUCCCCACAGGUUCUACCCUCCAGGCAAGCUCAGCCUCAACAGGUCACCCGACGGUUUCAGUUAUACUUUUAGCAAAAACUAGGUUCUCUUUUCAAAUUGUUAACUAAUUUUAUGAUAAUUAAUUUAAAAAUUAAAAAAUUUCAAAAAUUCCAAUUCAAAUGUGUCUUAUUGCAUAAAUAAUCAAAUUCAAAGACCACCCUUAAUAAACAUUAACUUAAAUCGAAAACAGAUGCAUUUGAAUAAACAAAUAGAUAUUUAUGACCAUAUCUAAAUAAUAAAUCCAUUUAUCAGUGAUUAAUUUAGGUAGAACAAUGUUCAUUUUCAACAGAACUGAAAUUAUUUGCUCAAUUUCUAUUUGUUAAAAAAAAAUUAUUUUGAGAAUUUGAGUCAAAGGAUUUUUUUAAUUUUCAAGGUAUUCUUUUUAAUUUUUUAAUCUUCAAGUUAAUCCUGGCUGGAAUGAUUAUUUUUUUAAUAGAUUCUUACCUAUCUUUUUAUAAUUGUUCCUUAUAAUAAUUCCUCUCACAAGAAUCUUUUUAUAAAUAAUUUAUAACAAAGAAUUAUUCUUAAACGGGAUUCGUGGCAUUAUUAGUAUAUAAUGAAAUCGCUUGUUAGAUUCCAAAAUGGAAGUUAUUACCAGGAAUACUGCUUGAUUCGCUCUUUUUUGUUGCUGUCUCACUUUUCAAAAUCAGUAAAAUUUAAGUUUUGAAUCGCUGUUUAUCAUAAUAUGUUCUUAAAACAUACUACUUAGCACAAAAACUAAGUUGAAUAAAUGAGACUGAUUUGAAAUUUGUACAGUAGAUAUUAAAUACUAUGAGAAGAUUA